GUUGUAUUAGCUCGAGGCUUGCAAUCAAAUGGAAAGCAAUUGUUUAAUGGUACAUCUAAACGUAAUGGAGCGUACAUCGCAAUAUUAUGUAGCGCUAAAAUGUGAAGUAUGGAGUUAAUUUUAGCGUUUACAAAUCGUUUCCGCGCGUCUAUGGAAGAAGUCUUUGUGCUUUAAGAGGAGACUGUGUUUUGGUUCACAUUCAGCGUUAGUGUAUGUGAAUGUCACCGUAGAGCACACAGCAUGCUUUUGGCCCCUUUGCGUUUCUCGUGCUGCUGACGUCAUCGUGGGAGUGUUUCAACGGGAGAAAUGAACGGUCAUCGGCACAAUCCUCUCAGGGCUCCUCAUGUGAUAUUCUCCAGUUUGUCAGGCUAGUAGACUGGAGCAGCAGGUCACCCACCACCCUCGUCUGGAUCGAAUGCCAUUCAUCGUCUAUGACCUGAAGAGAUUAUUUUGGAUUACCCCUUGGAUUAAUUUGUGUCAUCUUUCUAUGUAGAGAAGACACAGCAGUCAAGCUGAUGAAUGGACAGAGCUAUUCCUGAAUUGAGAGCCAGAGGAGGCCAGGCUGGACUGAUGACGAGCAUGACUUUGAGCCAAUCCGCUGAUGCAUGCACGCUCGCAGAGUCCACCUGAGCGCCAGCCUCCCUGCUGCUUCCUGGCUUUGAAUCAGCCUGUCAGAGGGCUAGUGGAGGUGGGGCUUAUUUAGACCCCGCCCCCAUACUGACCCUCUGAGUGAGACUGGCGCCCCUGAUGGAUCAGGGUGGUAGUGAGCAACCUGGUGCGGAGGAACCGGACUCUGGGGGUCGAGCGGAGCCGGAGGUGGGCAGGAGGGCUUCAGAGCCCGAGCACGGCCUGUCCAAAAUUACUCACAAUGCCUUGGAGAACAUGGGCGCGCUGGGCCAUGGCCUGAAGCAGCUCUUCCAGCCUCAGCGGCGGCGCUCGUCCGUCUCUCCGCACGACACCGCCGCUUCCUCCAUUGGCCCUGCCUCUGAGGCCAUGGAGGCGGGGCCAGAGUUGGGGGAAGCGUCCACCCCCAGCGCCACCACCUCUGACUCUGACGCCCCCACUUCCGCCCCCCCUGCAGCUCUGAGCCGUGUGCUGCAGCAGAUCCGAGGUGCCCCCCCCAUGAUGAAGAGAGGAACCAGCCUCCAGAGUCGCCGUAGCAAGGCCGGGGGGGGCGGGGAGGCCCCCCAGAAAGGCAGCCCCCAGAUCCACAGGCGUAGUACCCAGGAGGCUUUGCUGCAAGCAGGACGCCCACGCUCAUCCUCUACCACGGACACACCCAGCAGCCCAGCGCUGGCCGACAUGCUGCUGACGUCUGGGUACCACUCCACUGAGGAAUCAGACCGAGUGGAUCGUCUGGAGGUGUCUGCCCCAGCUGUAUCACCCAACGCUCUGUCCAUCAGUUCGGACGGUGGCCCGUAUGGCGUGGACUCUGUGGACGGCACCCCAGACCCACAACGCACCAAACAGGCCAUUGCCCAGUUGCAACAGAAGAUCCUCAAGCUGACCGAACAGAUCAAGAUCGAACAAACUGCCCGUGACGACAAUGUGGCUGAGUACCUGAAGCUGGCCAACAAUGCUGACAAACAGCAGAGUGCACGCAUCAAGCAGGUGUUCGAGAAGAAGAACCAGAAAUCAGCUCAGACCAUCCAGCAGCUGCAGAGGAAGUUGGAGCAUUACCACCGCAAACUUAGGGAAGUGGAGCACAAUGGGAUACCACGCCAGCCCAAAGAUGUACUACGGGACAUGCACCAGGGGCUAAAGGACGUUGGGGCCAAGGUGACCGGUGGCCUUUCCAGCUUCUCCCAGGCCACUCACUCAGCAGCGGGUGCCGUGGUGUCCAAACCCCGUGAGUUUGCCUCUCUCAUUCGCAACAAGUUUGGCAGUGCGGACAACAUUUCAGCCUUGAAGGACUCUCUGGAUGAGACUCAGGGUGACGAGACCAUGUCGGGGGCGGGGCCAUCAGGAGCUAGAGCCCUGGCACCUGGCCAGCUGCAGUCCAGUCCCAAGUAUGGCAGCGAGGACGACUGCUCCAGUGCCACUUCAGGUUCAGCGGGGGCCAACAGCACCACAGGGGCCCCUGGAGGCCCCCCUAGCUCCAAAGGCAACACCCUGGAGCUUGGCCAAAGCUCAGGCUUUGAUGCACUGUUUCACGAGAUUCAGGAGCUGAGAGAAAACCAGAGCAGAUUGGACGAAUCAUUUGAUAGCCUGAAGAGCCACUAUCAGAGGGACUACACCCUCAUCAUGCAGGCUCUGCAAGAGGAGAGAUACAGGUGUGAACGUCUAGAGGAGCAGUUGAAUGAUCUUACAGAGCUGCACCAGAAUGAAAUUUUAAAUUUGAAGCAAGAGUUGGCCAGCAUGGAGGAAAAAAUCGCAUACCAGUCUUAUGAACGAGCCAGAGACAUACAGGAAGCACUGGAGGCCUGCCAAACACGUAUAUCUAAGAUGGAGUUGCAGCAGCAACAGCAGCAGGUGGUGCAAUUGGAAGGUUUGGAGAACGCCACGGCACGCACUUUACUUGGAAAACUCAUCAACGUACUUCUAGCCGUCAUGGCGGUCCUGCUGGUCUUCGUCUCAACAGUGGCGAACUGUGUGGUCCCGCUGAUGAAGACGCGCAGCCGCACUCUGUCCACCUUGCUCCUAGUUAUCCUCCUGGCGUUUCUCUGGAGGAACUGGGAGGUUUUGUCACUGUAUCUGGACCGUUUCCUGCUGCACCCAAGAUGACCUGCAGGGGAAGAGCUCACAUAAUGAAGGGACAGAAGAGUGGAGUGUAAUAAAGAGGGCAGAGACUGGUGCGCUGCCUCACCUGCUCUGAGCUCAGAGGGGCAGGGCUCAAUGGAGACGGAUAUGAAGGGAGAUCUCAGAUUAUUUUUUUUUCUUUUUCUUUUUCCUUACUCAAGGAGUGAAUUUGUUUACAUUUUGAUGAAGACCUUUUUUCCGGCAACAGGAAAAAUUGUAAUGCUGUUCUUUUUUCUUUUUUUUUCUUUUGUUGUUGAAAGUGAUGCAAGUUGUGUUGCUUGAUGUCCUUGUAACUAUCGUCAGAAUAUACAUUUAUGCAAAUAACUGGGAUCUGGUUUUGAAACAUGGAAAUAACAUCAGUGUUUUGAAUGCAAACAGGGCAUAUAUCCUCCUCAUUAGCAUAACAUGGGUCACUCUCACCACUCACCUUCCCCCCUAAGAUUAGCUGUCUGCCGUAGCUGCUUUUAGUCUCUACUUUCCUUAACCACUUUCCUCUACUUUCCUCUUUCAUUUCAGUCUGUAUUUCUCCAGUUUAUUCCCCCUUUCUUUCUGCUUGUGUGCUCUUUGUCAGUCUUCUUUCUCCUCUUUAUGAUCCUUUGCUGCUGACAGGGCUUCUGCAUAGUCAUCACUGGAUGAAGGAACGUAUGAGUUGAGUUGGUGCACAUGAGUUCCUGAGUUUGAUUAGCUGGGCCUUAAUGGACUGGGCCAUGGAAUAGGAGCAUUCUUGGCCUGUUAAAAGACCCAGGCUGCCUCGCCUCACAUCCUCAUCUCUAGCCCCGUGUCCCGUGCCCCUGUUGGCCUGCUCUCAUGGAGGCACUCCCUCCAAAUCGUGAACAGAAUGAACAUACUUGAAGAGCUAGAAAGGCUCAAAGACUCUCAGUGCUUCCGUACUGUUUCUUAUAGCGACAAUGAAAUAUCCUUUUUAGUUUUUUUAUUUUUUAAAACUAAAUGAAUAAACGGGCUGUUUUAAAGGUGAAA